AUGUCGAAAGCUACUUUGGCCGUGAUCGCGGCUGCCAGUGCGGCCACUGGUGCCGGUGUUACUGCGCUGAUUUACGGUUCUUCUCGGCCUCAGCAGCAACAACAACCGCCGCAACAACAGCUUCCUCCGCCGGCUGGCGCUAUCAAAGUUCCCACGACGAUCCCAGCCCCAACUCUCGCUAUCAAAGUUGCUACCGGACCUGUCGAUGCCGCUGGAGUUCUUCAGUAUGGAUUCCCGGGCCCUGUCGCCGAUGAGCUGUCCUCAUUGCCUCUGCACGGCGCCUACGAUCGCCGAACCCGCAAUCCCGCCUGGGUUGCUGAGCACAUCACCCCGCAGUCGCUCGCGAUGAAGAACGCAGACCGCAAGCACAGCACCUUCGCCGAGGAUACGCACAUUCCUCCCAUCUUCCGCGCCAAGCUGGUCGACUACUUCCGCUCUGGUUAUGACCGCGGUCACCAGGUGCCGGCCGCAGAUGCCAAGUGGACGCAGGAGGCCAUGGACGAUACCUUUGCUCUGAGCAACAUGUGCCCCCAGGUUGGUGAGGGUUUCAACCGUGACUACUGGGCGCACUUUGAGGAGUUCUGCCGUAACCUCACCCAGCGCUACCCGUCUGUUCGCGUCGUCACCGGCCCGUUGUACCUGCCUCACCGUGACCCCGAUGGCAAGUGGCGCGUGAACUACGAGGUCAUUGGUAACCCGCCCAACGUUGCUGUGCCUACCCACUUCUAUAAGGUCAUCUAUGGCGAGGACGGUACGAACUCGCCUUUCGGAAAGGUCGCCCUUGGUGCAUUCGUCUUGCCCAAUGCUCGCAUUGAUAACGCCAAGAGCCUGUCCGACUUUGAGGUUCCCCUUGAGGUUUUGGAGCGUGCUUCCGGUCUGGAGUUUGCGGCUAAGCUGGAUCUUGGCCGUCGGCGCCGUCUGUGCCAGGAGGUUCGCUGCGAGGUCACAGUGCGCGAGUUCAACAACGCCAAGAAGAGAUCGUAA